AGCCAUGCGGAACCAAUAGCGGGAAGGGGCGGGGGGAGAGACGGGGAAGCCCUGGGCUGCUAGCGCGCAGGCGCACUGGCUGGCACCUGGCUCCCCCGCAGCCGCGGAAUAAGCAAUCGUCUGCCAGGACUGCGAGACGAGGAUGGUCGGAGUGGCAAUGGGGCUGAGGCACCACCUGCAGCCAUGGGGCUAGACUGGCCCCCAGCCUGGCUGUUGGGCCUGCCCACAGCCGUGGUGUAUGGCUCCUUGGCUUUCUUCACCACCAUUCUGCAUAAUGUGUUUCUGCUGUACUACGUGGACACCUUUGUCUCGGUGUAUAAGAUCAACAAAGUGUCCUUCUGGGUUGGAGAGACUGUAUUUCUCCUCUGGAAUAGCUUCAAUGACCCCCUCUUCGGUUGGCUCAGUGACCGCCGGUUCCUCAGCUCCCAGCCCCGGUCAGGAGCAGGGCUCUCCUCCAGAGAUGUGGUGCUGACCCGGGUGCGGGCUCUGGGUUGGCACGGGCCACUGCUGGCACUGUCCUUCCUGGCAUUCUGGGUGCCCUGGGCCCCUGCUGGCUUACAGUUCUUACUGUGCCUGUGCCUUUAUGAUGGCUUCCUGACACUCGUGGACCUCCACCAUCAUGCCUUGCUGGCCGACCUGGCGCUCUCGGCCCAUGACCGCACCCACCUCAACUUUUACUGCUCCCUCUUCAGUGCAGCUGGCGCCAUGUCUGUCUUUGCCUCCUACGCCUUUUGGAACAAGGAGGACUUCUCCUCCUUCCGUGCCUUCUGUGUGGUACUAGCUGCUGGCUCUGGGCUGGGCUUUUUGGGGGCCACACAAUUGUUGAAGCGGCGGAUUGAGGCGACCAGAAAGGACAGGGGUUGCCCGGGCCUGGUCAUGGAUGGUGGCGUGUGUGAAGAGGAGCCGCUGGUGGGUGGUGAGGAAGCAGGCAGCAUUACCUUGGGUCAGUAUCUCCGGCAACUGGCACACCACCAAAACUUCCUGUGGUUCGUGGGCAUGGACCUGGUACAGGUGUUUCACUGCCACUUCAACAGUAACUUCUUCCCCCUCUUCCUGGAGCACUUGCUGUCGGACCACAUCUCUCUCUCCACUGGCUCCUUCCUGUUGGCAACCGUGUCUUCACCGAGGGUACCUGUAAGCUGCUGACCCUCGUGGUCACUGACCUGGUGGAUGAGGACCUGGUGCUGAACCAUCGGAAGCAGGCAGCCUCGGCGCUUCUCUUUGGCAUGGUCGCCCUGGUAACCAAACCCGGCCAGACCUUUGCCCCACUGCUGGGCACCUGGCUGCUCUGCUUCUACACAGGUGAGGCUUGUGGUGCACAGCUUGCUUGUACCAGCUCUGGGUCUAGUGACGGGGACAGAAGGCUGUGCCUAGGCUUGUGCUGCCUUGGGAUGCUAAGCCUUGCUGGCCCACCCCUUCGUUUUUUCCUAAGUGAAACGAUUCAUUCAACAAAUCAGCGUAGACCUGUGUAGGCUGGGCCCUGUGGUGUAAGGGAAGUGACGUGGUAAGGCUUAUGAAAUCUUAGCUGUCUUGGAGCUUAGAUUCUAGAUGGGCGUUGGUGGUGCACACCUUGAAUCCUAGCAUUCAGAAGGCAGAGGCAGACAGAUCUGUGAGUCUGAGGCCAGCCUGGUACAGAGUGAAUUCCAGUAUAGCCAGGGCUACAUAGAGAAACCCUGUCUUAGGAGAAUUUUUAGACAGGGGGAGGGGUAGAUAGGGCGACAUAUGGAAGCUGUUUGGAGAAUCAGAGACUGGGACGAGAUGUGUCUGAUCGGUGUUUAGAAGAAGUAUUAUUUGCUCAGGCUGCCCUGAGCAGUGCGUACAAAUCAGUGUGGUCAGUAGCUUGGAGAUGUUAGGGACACUGUGACAGAGGCUGUGGAAGCUUAGACUAGGGAGGGGGCAGGUGGGUGCAUUGGGAACUGAGGUGACACAUAAGCAUGGGUGUCAGGACGUGACAGCUGAGGACUGAGAGACAUGAGAUGUGGUGGUGUCUCUCUGAGAGAGGAAGGAGGUGAGAAAAGGGUUCGAGGCCAGCCUGGUCUACAGAGUAAGUCCCAGGCCAGCCAGGGUUACACAGAGAAACCCUGUCUCAAAAAGCAAAUGAGACUGGAGAGAUGGCUCAGUAGUUAAGAGCCCUGGCUGCUCUUCCAGAGGUCCUGAGUUCAAUUCCCAGAGCCCACAUGGUGGCUCACAACUGUUGGUAACUCCAGUUCCAGGGGACCUGACAACCUCAAUCCUAUGCACAUAAAAUUAAAGAUUAAAGGAGAGAGAGAGAAAAAGCAAACCAAACAAACAUAAAAAGGGAUGUUCUAGGAGUUGGCGAGAUGGAAGAGACCUGUAAUUCUGACUCUAGGAGACGGAGGCAGGAGAAUGAGGAGCUCAAGGUUACCCUCAGCCACACAGCGACUGAGAACAACCUAGGGUUCAUGGUGCUGUCUCGGCAAACGUGCUGGGAUGUAGCGCAGCUGGAAGAGCACUUGCCAAGUGUGUAUGAAGCCGUGAGUUUAGCUCUGGAACCAUGCAACUAGCUGUGGUGAUGGACACCUGCAAUCCCAGCACUCAGGAAGUGGAGGCAGCAGAUCAGACGGCUGAUGUCAUCCUUGAGUACAUAAGGAGUUUAGAGCUAAUUUGAACUAUGUACCCUGACAGGAGGAAGAGGAGCAGGAAGGAGGGGAAGCAGCAGCAGCAGCAGCAGCAGCAGCAGCAGCAGCCAGAUGUGGUGGUACAUGCCUUUAAUUCCAGAACUUGGGAGGCAGAGUCAGGAAGGGAAUUCUGUGAAUUUGAGGCCAAUUUGGUCUAUAUAGUAAGUUCCAGGACAGCCAGGAUUACUAGAGAGACUCUGUCUCAAAAAAAUGUUUUUCAGGGUUGGGGAUUUAGCUCAGUGGUAGAGCGCUUGCCUAGGAAGCGCAAGGCCCUGGGUUUGGUCCCCAGCUCCGAAAAAAAAGAACCAAAAAAAAAAAUGUUUUUCAAUAAAAUGUAGACGAUAGAUUUGUGGUUAGGAAUUGUGGCAUUUACUUAUGACAGCUACUCGUUAAGCCAACAGUGACAGUUCAAAAAGAAGUUUUUUUGUUUUGUUUUUGUAUUUUGAGACAGGGUUUCUGUGUAUAGACCUGGCUGUCCUGGAACUCGCUCUGUAGACCAGGCUGGCCUCAAACUCAUAGAGAUCCACCUGCCUCUGCCUCCUGAGUGCUGGCGUGCACCACCAUACCUGGCCUGUCUUAAAUUUUAGUUGUUUAGGAUACCUGUACUGGUUGGGGUGUCCUUCUUGGGGCGUUGGAGGCUGCUGGGCUGACUCUGC